AUGGGACGUCGGCCGUUGCCAAAGACGCCUGCCUCUAAUAUAGGUGCUUCGAGACCGCAUGCUCAAGUAGAAGAGCAUUUACUGCGCCAAUCCAGCCCCCCAACUCGCUCACCUGAUGCACUGAUCUCGCCUCAACGAUCGGCUGGAUCGCCGUCGAUGAACAAACCCUUCUCAUCUCGUCCAUCCCUACCAGAUUUUCAUUCUGUGGACCAGGCUAGCGUUACAUCACCCGAUCAUAGCAGUGUCAAGCCUGCACCUGUACGUGUAGGAUCGGUGGACGUUGUGUCGCCACCUACUCUUGCCCCGCCUUCGUUAACAUCGCAUGUGGCAGAUAUGUAUGAUUACCAUGCACCUGCAGAAGAGCCAUACAACGAUCCUCUAAUGUCCAUGGACGAUGCGUAUGGUGAUUUUGAGCGUGAUGGUCUGGCCCGAUCAAGCUACUCGACCAUGGAAGGCAAUCGUAAAGUCAGCUACGCCGAUCUGAACGAAUCAUCGCUUCAUCUGGGUAUGCCACCGAUUCUCCAUGAUGCAGAAGACGCCCCAUUUCUUGAUUCAGAAAGCAUGCAAGGAUGGGUUCAGCGUCAGCAGCGUCCAGAGAAUGGCCACACACGACAAGUGCACUUGACGGAAGGCAACUGGAUCGUGGACUACCCCGUGCCUACGCCUAUCUCGAACGCUGUAGAGCCCAUGUACCGAGAGCAAGGCUUCCCUAAGGAGUUUACACAUUUACGAUACUCGGCGGUAACCUGCGAUCCUGAUGAGUUCACGUCGGAACAUGGUUGGGGUUUGCGCACGUCAAGCGAGUAUCGACGAUCCACUGAGCUGCUCAUUACACUGACUUACUACAAUGAAGAUCGCAACUUACUCACAAGGACACUGUACAGUGUCAUGCAAAACAUCCGGGAUAUAUGCAAGCACCGCACUUCUCGCUACUGGCAAGGAUCCGAAGAGGACGGUCAACCUGCAUGGCAGAAGAUCGUUGUGUCGCUUGUCUUUGAUGGGAUUGACCCUUGCGAUAAAGAAACGCUGGAUGUACUAGCGACAAUUGGCGUCUAUCAGGAUGGACUUAUGAAGCGUGAAGUGAAUGGUAAAGAGACCGUGGCGCAUAUUUUCGAGUAUACAACGCAGAUCUCUGUGGAUUCCACGCCGAAGCUCGUCCAGCCUGUGCCUGGCCAAGACUCCAAUUUGGUACCUGUGCAAAUGAUUUUCUGUUUCAAGCAGAAAAAUUCAAAGAAAAUCAACAGCCAUCGAUGGGUCUUCCACGCCCUCGGUCGUAUGCUUCAACCUGAGAUUGUGGUGCUCAUUGAUGUGGGCACCAAACCAGGCACACUUGCGCUGUACCAUUUGUGGGAAGCAUUCUAUAACAAUCCCAACCUGGGUGGAGCGUGUGGUGAAAUUCAUGCGAUGAUCAAGCAUGGUAUCAAGCUCGUCAAUCCUCUGGUUGCUGCACAGAACUUUGAGUACAAGAUCAGCAAUAUUCUGGAUAAACCACUGGAAUCCACGUUUGGGUACGUUAGCGUUCUUCCUGGUGCGUUUAGUGCGUAUCGAUAUCGUGCUGUGACGGGGCGGCCUCUUGAGCAAUACUUCCAUGGUGAUCACACAUUGGCUGAGAAGCUUGGGAACAAAGGUAUAACGCAAAUGAAUAUUUUCAAGAAAAAUAUGUUUUUGGCCGAAGACCGUAUUUUAUGCUUCGAGCUAGUUGCCAAAGCCGGUGAUCAAUGGAUCUUGUCCUAUGUAAAGCCCAGCAAGGCAGAGACGGAUGUACCUGAGCAUACAGCUGAGCUGAUUUCACAGCGGCGUCGCUGGCUCAAUGGCUCCUUUGCCGCCUCCAUUUACUCGUUGGUCCACUUUGUACGGUUUUAUAAAAGUGGCCAUGGGUUUACGCGUAUGUUUUUCUUCCAUGUUCAAGCCUUGUACAACCUCAUUCAGCUAAUUUUAUCAUGGUUUGCUCUCGCCAAUCUAUGGCUGACAUUUGCCAUCAUUAUUCAAUACCUUCCCAGUAUUCUACUGCGCCAAUAUGGGGAUGCAUGGCUCAUUGCUUUUCAUUACGUCAACCUCAUAUUUAUGUGGCUCUAUGCAUUCUUUCUGGCACUCCAAUUUGUCCUGGCCCUUGGAAACCGACCCAAAAGCGAGCAUCUUGUAUAUGCCCUUUCGUUCGCGGUGUUUGGUUUCCUGGGCCUGUAUGUGAUUGUAAUUUCAUUGUGGCUAACGGCCGAAUCUUUCGCAUCUAUGCAUCCAAAAAAUGGCGACUACGCUGAUGUGGUUCUAAGUAAUACCACGGCAGUCCUUAUUGCUUCCUUGGCAGCUAUGUUUGGUAUCUAUCUCAUUGCCUCUCUUUUAUACGCUGAUCCAUGGCACAUGCUUACAAGCUCUGUUCAAUACACACUUAUGGCACCCUCUUUUGUGAACGUCAUCAAUGUAUAUGCCUUUUGCAACCUGCAUGAUGUAAGUUGGGGCACCAAAGGUGCCGACAAAGCAGAUGCACUUCCCAGCGUGGGGCCGGCGCAAUCGUGCGAACAAGCGGAUACCUUUGAAGAAGCGGCGCUAUCGCAGGAAGAGCUCGAUACCCGAUUCCAAGAUGUCGUAUCUCGUGCUAUGUCUCCCUACCAUGUUGAGCAUGAGAAGAGCACUCCUACGAUGGACGAUGGAAAUCGCACAUUCCGCACACGCCUAGUUGCGUUGUGGUUGUUGACCAAUGCCUUUUUGGUGGCUCUCAUUAUGAAUUUGUACGACUACCAACCCCACGCUAAACUGGAUGACGAGAUCUACUUCAAGGUGAUCUUGUGGUCGACAUUCAGCAUGGCUUUAUUCCGCUUCAUUGGCUGUCUCGUCUUUUGGAUCCGACGCCAAAGCACCAAGUGGUUCGUGCGCUCAUAG